CUGACCUGAAGCCUUGGACAGUGUCAACAUACCAGCUUUUCAAAUUGGCUGAGGUCGACAUCGGAGACAUAAACUGCGAUGGACUUCCUAACCUGUGCCAUCCUUAACGGGCCUUUUGCUUUUUUCAGCAUCAUGGUGAAUUUAUUUUAUGCCUUUUGCAUGGUCCGUCCUAAUCAUGGAAUGAGGAUCAAGCAGCCGCUGAAGCUACUCCUGAGCUCGAUCAUCUUCUGCACUUUGAUUUACCUGAUUUCAGUUUGUCUACUGUUCUUGGUUAAUGUGUCAAAAGAAAAUGUGUAUUUUCUACUUGCGUCAUAUGUUGUGCUUGCCUGGAGUCUGUCCACUAGUUUGUCCUCCUCUGUUUGGCUUAACUUCUUUUACUGCACUCAGAUUGUACCAGCCCAGACGGACCUCUUCAUCUGGAUUAAGAAAAAUAUCAAACCAGUAAUCUACUGCAUUUGGCUAGUUGAGAGGAUUUGGGGCCUUAUUGACGUUGGUGUCAUGUUUUUUGACUAUCUGAAUUUAAACAACCAUAUUUAUAUAAGUUGGAGCUACAAUAUUACAAUGCCUCCUGGGGCUGUAUAUAUACACAUACCUUCUACAUUUAAGUCAAAUGUGUAUGACAUUGCAAAACACAUUAUGCAUUGCCAUUUCUUUCUUUCUUUCUCUGUCAUGAUGAUAUCCAGUGGUUCUACUAUUGCCUACCUCUGCACACACAUGCAUCGGAUGGUAGGAAACGGCCUCCCCUCUCCAAAUUUUAGGAGUCAGGUGAGGGUCACUGUAACAGGCAUCGUGCAGGGAGUCUUGUACUUCUUCUGUUCUAUGAUGACUGUGUACAAGGCUUUUUCUGAGCCGGUUUCCAAGGAGUUACUCAAUCCAUACACACAUUUCACUCUCGUCAACUUUUACGUGACGGGCUCCUCGUUGACCCUGGGAGCUGGUCAGAGUUUGUUCAGAAGAAGAGUGGAAGGAAUGUGGCUCAGAGCUGCUCAGUGCUGCAAAGCAAAUUAAGCUCAGACCGCAAGACCAACACUGCUGAGGUGGACUGAAAAACACUCUUUUUAUUGUUCUCAAAGACAAACACUGCUCCUGGAGCUUGGCAUAUUAUUGUAGAGGACUGAAACAAUAACUUCAUUUAAUGGUUUCAAGGGCAGACAUUUGCUUCGAUGUGUUUGUAUCUUGGUUGAAACAAAAAAGUCUGUGAAACACUUUUUUUUUUACAACAAACAGAAGCCAUGGUUUGCUAACCAUGUUUCUUAGCAGCAUUUGUACGACACCCUCUGUCACAAAUAUUUCUCUCUGUUUCUAAAAUGUGUAUUUAGACAAAGUGUGGUUGUUGCUGUAUGUAAAAUAUAGUUUAAUGCAUUCUAUAUGAUAUUUUUUUUUCAUGCAGUCCUGUUUUCGAAAUGAAGGUGAAGAAAUCUUUUCCAGAAAAAAAGGACUUUUCAAUUGUUGGCCAAUGGCAUUGAAGUGGUGCUGAACUUUGGCAAACCAUAAAAAAAACAUAGACAUUUAUAUAUAUAUAAAAUUAUAUCUAUAUGUGUUUCUUUUCAUCACUCUAUGGUGAUUGGUUAAACCUAGUUUGACAUUUUGUGUUCAGGCUUACUAUAAUCAUUUGUACUGUUAAAUGUUGCAGAGCAUUUAUGUUUCUCCUCAUUUUUUUGUGGUAAAAUAAUUUCUGCACUGGU